UUUAACCCCCCUAAUAAAAUAAUAUUUAUGAAAAUAUUUUACAAGAUAAAUCUAAAUAAAUUAUUUUUUGCACUAAUAAUAUGCAAUAUAAUUUCUAUUUAGUUCAAUUUGACUUUAGAAACUGUUGGUUUGGUCAUCAGAAUUGGUUGGUGAAUUGGAGGUGCAAAUUUUUGAUAGCAGAAUAAAGCAGAAAUCAAGAAGUGGAAAGCCAAAUGCAGAGAAUAUGGCUCCUCCAAUCUUCUUCAUAAUAUUGGCAUCUCUAUUCAUCCUAUCUGUUAUUGCCUCUUUUAUCACCCAAACCAAGAAGAAAAGACCACCCCGGAAUCUCCCUCCCGGGAGCUUCGGAUGGCCGAUCAUCGGCGAGUCGUUGGAGUUCCUCCGCUCAAGCCGCAGAGGGAGACCGGACGAGUUUGUGUUGGACAGGUGCAAGAAGUACGGCUCGGACGUGUUCAAGACUCACCUGAUGGGAGAGCCGGUCGUCGUCCUGAGGGGCCCGGCCGGGAACAAGUUCUUGUUCAGCAACGAGAAUAGGCUCGUCACGUCGUGGUGGCCGGCCUCCGUGCAGAAGCUGCUCGGAGUUUGUUUGGCGAAUUCCGCGGGUGAAGACGCCAAACGAGUGAGGAAGCUCAUGUCGUACUUUGUGGGCCCGGACGCGCUCCAGCGGCUCUACCUCAAGACCAUGGAUUUCGUCACUCGGCAGCACAUUCAGUCUCGGUGGCACGACGAGUCGGAAUUGAAGGUGCUCCCCCUUGCCAAAACGUACACGUUCGAGCUCGCGUGUCGCCUCUUCAUGAGCGUCGAAGACCCGGGCCAGAUAAACCGGCUUUCCCGCCUCUUCAACGUUUUCCUCAAGGGGAUCAUAUCACUCCCGGUUAACCUCCCCGGGGCGCGAUUCGGCCGUGCAAUGCGAGCGACCGCUUUGAUUCGGGAGGAGCUUCUAGGGGUUGUGAAGAAGAGAAGAGAUGCUCUGAAGUCGCGCCCCUCCUCCCAGGGGCGCGAUCUUCUCUCCCAUUUGCUUCUCACCCCCGACGAGGACGGGAACUUCAUGUCCGAACUCCACAUCGCGAACAACAUACUCCUACUUUUGUUUGCGGGCCACGACACCUCCAGCGUCACUAUCACUCUCCUCAUCAAGAAACUCGGAGAGCUACCGAACGUUUACGAGGAGGUCCUUCGAGAGCAGAGAGAAAUCGCGACAUCGAAAGAGGAAGGGGAGUUUCUGGAUUGGGACGACAUACAGAAGAUGAGGUACUCGUGGCACGUCGUCUCCGAAGUCAUGAGGCUAUACUCCCCCAUCUUUGGGGCCUUCCGGGAGGCGCUCGAGGAUGUAAACUACGAAGGCUACAUCAUACCAAAAGGCUGGAAGUUCUACUGGAAUGCCCCGAUCACACACCUCGAUGGAGGGUUAUUCCAAGACCCGAUGCGCUUCGACCCGUUGAGGUUUGAAGACGACGGGCCCGCACCUUACACAUAUGUGCCAUUUGGGGGAGGCCCGAGGAUGUGCUUGGGGAAAGAGUUUGCUCGCCUCGAGAUACUCACGUUUUUGCACCAUCUGGUUAUGCGGUUUCGGUGGAGCUUACUCUUCCUUGACGAGAAGAUCGAAUAUGACCCCAUGCCCGUCCCAGUUGAAGGCCUUCCCAUUCGUCUUCAUGCUCACAAACAAUGAAACUCUUUUAUUCGUCGGUGGGUGUUGUGCAGUUGGCGAAGCUAAGGCAAGAAGUGUCAAUGGAGUAAGACUCAAGUUCAAUUCGUAGCAACUGCGUUGUGAGACAACUAUGUUAAGCUGUUAAGCAUGUGGCUAGAAGGAAAAGGACGUAAAAAAAAAUAGAAUUUGCAUCCUCCAUUAAUUAUUGGUCAUUCGCAUAUUAUUCUGCAGCUUGGCAUUUAUAUUUUAAUUUGAGUGAACUUUGCUUUUUUGUUGUUGAUAUUGUAUUGAUGUGUGCUCUCGGCAAUCAUUGUAAAAUAUUCAUCUUGAUAUUUUUAUGAGCUACAUUAUUUUUCUCUUUUACAAGAUUUUUGGGACAUGAGUAAUAAAUGAAGAGGGUGUUU